AAACAGAGAUUACAACUUCAAAUGUUUAGAUAUAUAUAUAUAUUUAUAAAGAUUAGAAAAUUCUGCCUAUGGGGAAUAUGUGAAGGAAUUCCCCACUCUUAGGGUGGAACCUAUGAAGAGGGUGGAAAGAGGGAUAUAGAAAGUUUGGUUCAGCUCCUAUUCCUCUCCCAACCCCUGUACUCUUAACACCUUUAUAGAGUUAAGGUUUAAACUACGUAGAGGAGACUAGAGGUCAAGAUUCCUACCCUCCUGCUAGAGCCUAUAUUCCGGAUCCUACCCCAGAUAUACAGGAUGGAACAAAUCAGAGAGAUGGAGAAUAUGCUGGAAAAUGCAGAGCAUAGAAUUUCAAGAUUUGUUGAGAAACCGUCAACUAGAGUUCAAGCUUGUCAGCUUCUGGCGAAUGCAAAGGCUCUGCAGACUGAAAUAGCAGGUUUCCAAAUUCCAGAUCUAGAAGCUGAAUAUUCAGAAUCAGAGGGGGAUAGAUUAGAUGCUGCAUUAGACAGGUACAACAAUGUGCGUCAGCAAUUGGCAGAUGUGCAGGCGAAGGCUGAGACGCUCUGCGUCUGCUGGGAUAAACUGGAUCAGGAUGUGACUGAAUUAACUAAACUGUUGAGUUCUGGUGGAGGGAGUAGAAUGACUAUUGAGAAACUAGAGCAAAGCAUUACCCAGCUAAGGGAUAUGUUCACUGUAAGGAGAAAUAUUAUUGAAGAUCUCCCCUCUUCCCUUGCACCUGGAGCUUUAGAGAUGUAAUGCAAACGGAAUAUUUAAAUCUUUCGUUUCAACUUCACUUAUUACUGAGUUUUCAUGUUCAGAAUUAAUUUCAGUGUUGUUUAAUGGAAUAUGUAAGCGUGACCCUCCAUGCAAAGAUUGCAAUACCCAGUUUACUGGUAACCUUGCAACCUUAAUCUGCAGAUCAAAAAUGUGGAAGAUUCUGAUUUAAUUAUUAUUUCUGUGAGUUUCUCCAUUGCUUCUUAUAAGCUAGAAAUGCGAUGGUGCACUUUCACAGAGAAACCGCAAAUGAAAAUAAACAGAGGAAACAAAAUACUUGAUUAGGCUAAGCUUUUAAGGGCAUUGGCAUCUUUAGAUUGGGGGUCGCAUAAGAUUACGCUUACAGUCCCUUUUAUACACGUAGUUUUUUUCACCAUACGUAUUAUUUAACAUUAUGUCAGGUUUUUUUUACUAAAACAUUUUUUAACUUUUACGCCUAAUACUCGUUUUACAAUGUAUUAGUAUUUUAUCUUAGUUUUGAUCGUAGCUACAGUAGAUGGUACUUAAAAUGGCAUUUUUAAUAAAUUGUUUUUAAUAAUUAAUAAA